AAAUGUUCGUAUCCAUGUUAUAUCUUUGUUCUUUAUUUCGCGCAUUACCAAAAGUGAACAUUUACAUGCCAAUAAUUUAAGCUGUUUCGGCUAAUAAUGUGAGUUGCAAUAUAUUUCUAACUAAAUAUGGACAAAUAAUUUCUGUUUUUUUUCUUGGAGAAUAAUAUAUAAUUUCUUGCUGAUAAAAAUAAUUCCUUUAUAAUUAAAUUCGAGAGACACCAACAUGGAACAGCUGAUUAAAAUAAUUUUACUUACAUCACUGAUGACCUCACUGUGCCAGACUAAAGCGACUGAAUUCUGCAAAGGAAUAGACAUAGACCAGGUUCAGUUGAACGGACAAACCUGGUGUAUCAAAUACGACAAGCGUUUACGAACAUUUGACAGAGCAAAUGCAGAAUGUAACAAGUUUACCGGCGGGCCGAACAAUUCGCUUCGUGGACAUCUUGUAGAGAUCUUUAGCCAGGAAGACAAUCAUGUUAUUAGAAGUUUUAUACACAAGCAAAAGAAAAAAGAUCCGUUAAGUGGUCCUGAAUUUAGAGCGUUCAUCGGACUUUACCAUAAAAAUAACACAUACAAAUGGGUCAACUCAACUCAGGAGCCAACAUAUUUUGAUGCGGGUGAUCCAAGUUACUCAGGUUCGAGGCUAAAAGUGGACGAAUCUAUGCCAACAGAUGGAAUUAAUAAGGGCAGUGAUUGGCAACCAGAUGGCCCAGUUGUAAUUACUGAAACUGAUUGGAAAAUUUAUGACACAAACUCUACGACUUUUGUCUGUCAAGUUCCCCCCAAUACCUCGAUGAGCAUUGCCUGCACGGAUAAGGAAGAAGGCAGCUCAGGAACACUUUUUGAAGCGACACUUACUAGUCCUGACAUUCUUAACUUCCGUCAACAAGAUCUGUCACAAAACGGAAGAAUAAUCGUAGUUAGAAGAAACGGGCAUGUUAUCCGUGAUAACUUAACGGUAAACAAAGACACAGUAACAGUGAAGGUAAUGUGUGAUAAGUGUAGCCUUGCCGAUGAAGGACGUUAUGUGAUCAAUGUAUCAACUGUAUUUAGGUGGAACAAUUUUGAGGAAACGUGUGAUCUGACGGUUUAUCCUAGGAAGCAAUGCCCGACUGAUCUGAGAGCGACUAACAUUUCCUUUGAAACGGCCACGCUGACCUGGUCUCAAGCAAUCAGUCACGGCAAAACGAUGCGAUACAACAUAGAGCUGCGGUCAAUUCACGGACAACUCGUCAAUAAUUGGACAGUGAAUUCGGCGAGCAAUUCACUCAUCUCACAUCAGAUUAUGUCCCUUGAGUCGGACACGUCCUACCUUGUGUCUGUCUACCCAACGAACAUUUUUGGUGCUUUGAACUGUACACCAGUGAAAUUAAGAACAGACAACAAAAAUAGACUUUCGGAAGUGAACGUCGACCGUUUGGAAACCAGCCUUGCAAACUAUACAUUGGAGAAGCUAACAAACUCUAGCACCGAUUUGUCGUUCGUGGUUAAUUCAAAGGCAGAUGACGUCAUUAACCAGACAAUUAACAGGAAGAUUAUGUCAUCUGGGGUCAGGCUUCUUGUUCAAUUUAUAAGCACAACGUCACAAGCGGUGAAGGCAUCGAAAACAGGUGUAGAUGAGACAAUGUUACAGAAAUUAGCCACAGUGACGGACAUAAGCCUGAAAGCUGAACCAGCCGAGUGGGUCAGCCAUGAUGGUGAACAGACAGCCACUCAGCUAUUGGUCGGGAUGGAAAACAUGGCGAAAGCCGCAAUGAACCGAAAUAUUGAUACAUUUAUUGUGAGGGACUCUUUAGUGAUAAAAAUCAACGAAUCAAACACAGACAUCCGCUUCCCCGAAGAGGAAGACGUGAAGACCACUAGCUCAAGCAUGGGCCACAAUUUCUGGUUGUCUCAGUCCAGGAACAGCUUGUUUCUUCCACAUAAUGCCAUUGCAGGCAGCACUGGACCAAAGAGCUAUUCUGUAAUUGUCUACAACGACAUCGCCAACAAAAUUAAAGUGGAUCCAGACAAGCAGAGAGAGAGUAAUGAAGGGAAGGAACUCUACGAGAAAGAAAUAGUUUCUGACGUUACUUCUUUUUCUAUUAGAGGAUUCAACGGGACUUUUGCCAUACCGCUACAAAUGAAUUUCUCCAUCAAUGCUUCCAAUCACAGAAACCCUUCGUGUGCAUUUCUCGACACAUUAGUCAGUGGUCAAGGCGUCUGGUCAACCAGAGGGUGUCACGUGAUCUACGCUGACCAGGAGCGCGUCACGUGUGGGUUCAACCACACCACCAACUUCGCUGUUUUGAUGAGCCCGUACGCCGCCGUGCAUCAACACAACUACGUCCUUGAUUUAAUCUCCAAGCUAUGUUGUGCCAUCUCCAUCUUUUUUCUGGCAACUACAGUUAUCAUCUACGCCAUUCUAUGGAGAUACGUAAAGAGUGACCGGGCUAUCCUCUACGUCAACUUGUCUGUGUUCCUGGCACUCGGGUAUAUCGUGUUUCUAGUGGGAGUUACCAAGACGGAAAACAAACUGGUGUGUACGAUAAUUGCUGCGGUCCUACACUUCCUGUUUCUUGUUGUGUUUUUCUCCAUGCUGGGUCAAGGUCUUGUCGUCCUCAAAUGCGCCACUUCCGUUACGUCACGUUCUAUUAUUCGUCCUGUGCUAGCUUUAACCUACGCUGGUCCUCUGGUUAUAGUAGCAGUCUCUCUAGGGGUCACACAGGGUCAAGGAUACGGCACGAACGACUACUGCUGGUUGUCCAUUGAGUCUGGUUUGUUUUGGGCAUUUGCCGGACCAGCAUCACUCAUCAUUCUCCUCAACUUUAUUUUCGUGCUGAUUGUUCUCAAAGCAAUGCAGUCGUCACAAUUUAUGUCUAAUAAAAACCUCACGGAGAGAACUAAGUCAGUUGUCCGGUCCAUCUGUAUCUUGUCCCCAAUCCUCGGCCUGUCCUGGGUGUUUGGUGUCUUGUCCAUGACAGACCCCCACGUGAUCUUCCAGUACCUGUUUGCUGUCACUAACGCACUGCAGGGUUUUUUUAUAUUUAUCUUUCAAUGUCUGCUUCAACACCAGGUAAAAGAUGGCUUGAAGUCGAUCAGACGAAGACACAGGGCUCAUAGGUUAGACUCCAGCUUUCUCAACGGAACUUUUUCUGUCACACACCCUUCAACCACCACGACAUCCAAUGGCAAGUCUUUCACAAAUUCUGCAACUACAAGUUAUUGAAAUUUUCGUUUAAAAGACGUUAACAUCACGACCUAUUGAGGAACAACCAAGCUUUGUUGCAAUUGAAAAAUUGAAAAGGCCUGAGAACAUGUAUAACAGCUAGUAAUAAUAAAUUUAUCUUGUAUUUUUUAGAAAAUGUUUGAGUUUAAUUUACUUUUAAAACAUUAUUUUGUUUUUAUUGUUGAUUAAUAGAAAAAGAAAAUUAACUCUACCAAUUGAAUGUUUCUGUAGUUACAUAAUAAUAAAUAUUACAUUACCGUGUUAUGAAUAUAAAAAAAAUGAAUUUUAAUUGUGCGAAAAAUUUAAACAACACAAUAAUUUUUUUUCUAGAUUUUCGGUAAUGGGAAGUGGCUCUUUCCUGUAUCUCAAAAACUUUAUAUUGUGACGACCGUUUUAGUUAGGUUGACCAAAACGCACAUUUUUCAAAUGUGUAUUUUUUUUUAACUUUUGAGCGAUUUCCGGUAACCUUAAGUGUUAGUUAUUCUCAUUCUAUUUUCUAAAAAAACAAAUAUCCCUUCUACCUGACCGAUUUAUCUCAAACGUUUCAUAUAGGUCAAGACUCAAUGGUAAUUUAAAAAAAACAACUAAAAAAACAACAACAAAUGUUACUAUUCUCUUAACACGGCUGUUGUAUAGUAUCAUAAUUAAACAACACACACACACGCACACGCACACACAAACGCAUACACAAACAUAUACAGGCGUGCACAGACAGCUACACACGCACAUAUGAACACAAAUACACAAAAAAGAAACACGUGCAUUAGCACAAACACAAAGCCAGGCAGCAUUUUAUAGUCUGUGUAAAAAAUGAUAUCAAAUAAGAGCGUACUUUUUAUAACAGAAUGCUGAUUUUCAGGUUUUGGUAAUUUCAUUUUCAUUUUAAUUUUUUUA